GGCGGGGAGCGCGGGCUGCAGAGAGUCGGGCCGGGCUGAGCCGAGCGAGCGGAGCGCGGCGCCCGGGAGGCGGCAGAGACGCGGGGCUUCGUGGGUCAGCCCGGCAUCGGAUCAGCGUCCGCAGCGCUCGCCCCUCGUCUCGCCCCAGGCCGAGCCCGCCGCUGGCAGGCGUGAGCUGUUGCUGAGGCCCAGGCGCCGCGGCGCGUUCUUGAAAUCAUGAAUCCUGUUUAUAGCCCUGGAUCUUCCGGGGUUCCCUAUGCAAAUGCCAAAGGAAUUGGUUAUCCAGCUGGUUUCCCCAUGGGCUAUGCAGCAGCAGCUCCUGCCUAUUCUCCUAACAUGUACCCUGGAGCGAAUCCUACCUUCCAGACAGGUUACACUCCCGGCACGCCUUACAAAGUGUCCUGUUCCCCCACCAGUGGGGCCGUGCCACCAUACUCCUCCUCCCCCAACCCCUACCAGACUGCCGUGUACCCUGUGCGAAGUGCCUACCCCCAGCAGAGCCCAUAUGCACAGCAAGGCACGUACUACACACAGCCGCUGUAUGCAGCACCCCCCCACGUCAUCCACCACACCACGGUGGUGCAGCCCAACGGCAUGCCGGCGACGGUGUACCCUGCUCCCAUCCCUCCUCCCAGAGGCAACGGGGUCACCAUGGGCAUGGUGGCUGGGACCACUAUGGCCAUGUCAGCAGGUUUGAGGACGGAGCUGUGCAGUCACAUCCUUGAGGUUCCACAGCUGGUGCUGCAGGCCUUGUGCCUCCAACCAGGACUUUCUUCUUAAUGCUCUCGACACUCGGCUAAACACGACUACGUCCCGGCCCAGCAGGUCCCAGCGCCGUUAGUCUCCAUCUAAUUCUGUGGGUUGGUCUUAAAGCAAAUCCUGUUUUGUGGACUGCCUGGCAAUUUUUUAGCUAACUGUAAUGAUGAAAAGGGAGUAUUAAUCUAUUCUGAAUCAUAUCUAGUUGAAUGCAUGUUUAAAAAAAACAAACACAAAAACAAAGCUUGCUCAAUCUACCUGCAGUGACUGAUGCAAAACCAUCAUAUGCAAAAUCCAAAGGAAUGGAAAUGUAUUUUACAACUUGUAUCACUAAUGCACUGUUGUAAUGUAUGCAAAGUCUUCAAGUUAUAAGUGUUAAAGUGAAUUUCUUCCUAGAACAUUUGCAAUAUCUUAGAUGAUUCUUCAGCCUUUUGGGGUUGAUGUGCGUUGCCAAUUAGGGAUAUGGACUUUUGGUUUUCAGCGACCUAUUUCUUUGGCACUGACUGUGCUGGGAGGGAGUUGCCGGCAUCGGGGAGAGCAGGGAGGCCGCGGCUGCUGGGGCGCCCCUUUCUUUCCGCUUAGGCUUGGGUCAGUGCGUGGGGGUGUGCUUAAAGAUCAUCAUGAAAGUUAGAGUUGUGUGGCCAGUACAAUUAGAGGGGAGGGGGUGGUUUAUGUAUCAGCAAAGCGAUUUUCUCUGCUAUCUAAAUUUUCAUUACAAGUCUCUUACAGAGAGAGGUGUUGUUUUAUAAAUCUCUAUUGGAAAAGUCCUGCGUAGAACUAAAUUGUUUUCCUGGGAUGGAAAAUAUGUGAAAGAGAAACAGCCAUGCUUGGAGGAGGUAUUGUCCUCUUCAUUUAGCUUAGAAAAUCAUUCCAUUUUUUUUUUUCUGAGAAAUGUGUCAGCUGAAAACACAUAGGCAUCGCUGUUUGUCCCCCUACAAAGAAGGGCAAAGAUUUCAGCUGUACGUUGUGAAAAAAGGUGUAUAUUUAAGAAUGGUUAAAAGGGAACAAACCUUUAUUUAAAAUUCAUCAUGUUUCUCGUAGAGAGGCAGGGCCGUGGAUAUCUCUGAAAAUGUAGAACCUGGUAGCUUCUCCUGGAAUCAUCCACCCGGUGGUCCUUGUCCUCCAAGACUGGCUGGAGGGGCCUCUAAGAGAGGGCGAGGGCUGGAGGGCUGGUGUCUCGUCUGGGAGCCUCUUCCGCCACCUCCUGCAGUUGGAGGCACUGAGUGCCAGGCAAGCAGGGACAGCAGAAGGGCCAGGCAGUGUGGCAUUUGCCUGCCAGGAUUUAUCAUGGAAAGGAUUUUGAGUUUAAAAUCUGAAUCUUGUACAUAAGAAAUCAAGAGGAUUUUUUUGCUAAAUAUGCCUGACUCGGGUCCAUGGGAAUGUGUGUCUGUCUGUGAGGGUCAGGCGGGCUGGGGGGUCAGAACUUGCUCCCUUUCAGCGUCUGGCAGGGUGUGCACCUGUCGCCACGCUGUGGUGUGAGUGCUGUGGGCUCUGGUCAGGGCCGGGCUUCUGCUCUUCGGUCUCUGGCAGCUGGGUCAGGGCUCGGGCGCUGGUGUGGAGGCCGCACAUUGGUGUCUUGUCCUGGCUGUUGGGUGGGACACCUGACCACUGAGCCUUUGGUAACCUUAUUUUUAUAGUAAGUACUCUUCAUAAUUUUCUUUUUCACCUCUUAUUUUAUGAGAAGUUUAGGCAUAUUUUUGCAUGGAUCAUUGUAAACAGAAGAUUCCUUAUUCCUGAUGUCUAGUAACAUAGAAUGUUUACUGAUAAGUACUUUAAGUUGCUUCAGGAGCACUUAGCCCAUCUUUGUAUGUGUGUGUGUGUGUGUGUGUGUGUGUGCACGUGUGUGUGGUGUGUGUAGCAGACGUUCACUGCAGGCACACGGUCUGUGUCCGUUUCACGUCUGUGUUGGUCAUGUCAUCUGAAUAGCGGGUGGCUUGCAGCAGCACCGUAGCAGUAGGUUCUGAGGUUCCAGGGGCUCAGCUGGCUGAGGAAGAGAAGUCAUUUUUCCCAGUAGAGCACUAGGAAAUGGGAGAGGUACUCAUGCUGGUUAGUGUGUGCUUGACAAAAGCCCCACGCCACGGAAAGGGAAACACGCACGCACCUGCCUGUAAGGGCGGAGACAUUCGUGUUUAGGAAGUUAUUUAGGUGUCUCUGCGGGGUUGCUGGAGAGUUGGCACACAUGGGGCGGGGGGGGGGAGGUUCAAGAGAAAGAGAAGAGAGUACCGCGACCCCCAUUUACUUCAGCUUCAUAAAUACUUUUCUUCCUCCCCAUAAUUUUUUUUAACCUUUUUUCCCUUUUGUGAAGCUGAGUUGAGAGACUUUAUGAAAUAACGUUUGCAUUGUACAAUAAAUCUGUGCAGAAAUCUUUCCAAUUUUGAAACUAUCAGGGCAUCACCUAUCAAAUAUCUUAUCAGGUAGGAAUUUCGACCUAUGAAUAGUAACAAAACUAUCAUAGGUUGUAAUUUUAUCACCAUUUGGUUCUAGUGAAAUUAACUAAGGAGUAGAACUUGGGUCAGAAUUCUGUUACAAAGCUUUAUAACUUGGUACCCCAAGCACAUUGUGGAACAUUCUGAGAAAUUCUACUAUUUGUGUGUGUGUGACAUUCCCAAUUUGAGUCCUUCAGCUGAAUUAUCAUUCUUUAGAAGUUGAGACAGGCAAGCAAAGGACCUCACUCCUAUAACAUGGACAUCAUUAUGGCCUUUUUUUUUUUUGGAGAUAGAGUCUCACUCUGUUGC